AGUAGUAGUCUGGGCCCGGGCCGGGCCUUGUUUUUAUUAGAUAUUCUUUAGAUCUUUCUCUUCUUCUUCCUUUUUGCGCCGAGAACACACAUUGAAAAGAUCGAGCGAAAAGUGAAAGAACCGUUUACAUUUGGUUGAUUUCAACAAGACCGGAGGCUUCAAUUUCUCAAGAUGUGUGAUGAUGAUAUUGCUGCAUUGGUGGUUGACAAUGGGUCUGGAAUGUGUAAAGGGGGCUUUGCUGGAGAUGAUGCACCCCGGGCAGUGUUUCCUUCCAUUGUGGGUAGGCCAAGACAUAAGGGUGUAAUGGUUGGCAUGGGACAAAAAGAUAGCUAUGUUGGUGAUGAAGCACAAAGUAAGAGGGGUAUUCUGACUCUGAAGUACCCGAUUGAGCAUGGAAUUGUCACUAACUGGGAUGAUAUGGAGAAGAUCUGGCACCAUACUUUCUACAAUGAGCUAAGAGUGGCUCCUGAAGAACAUCCUGUGCUUCUGACGGAAGCACCUUUGAACCCAAAGGCCAACAGGGAAAAAAUGACUCAGAUUAUGUUUGAGACCUUCAACACCCCUGCAAUGUAUGUUGGUAUUCAAGCUGUGUUGUCACUCUAUGCAUCUGGACGUACCACUGGUAUUGUCUUGGAUUCCGGUGAUGGUGUGUCACAUACUGUACCUAUCUAUGAAGGAUACGCAUUACCUCAUGCUAUAUUGAGACUUGAUCUUGCUGGGAGAGACCUCACAGAUUACUUGAUGAAGAUCUUAACUGAACGUGGCUACUCCUUCACAACAACAGCCGAGAGGGAAAUUGUGCGUGAUAUUAAGGAAAAGCUGUGUUAUGUUGCUUUAGACUUUGAGCAAGAAAUGGCUACAUCAGCAUCCAGUUCUGCUCUUGAAAAGAGUUAUGAACUCCCAGAUGGACAAGUAAUCACCAUCGGCAAUGAGAGAUUCAGAUGCCCAGAAACAAUGUUUCAACCAGCAUUCCUUGGAAUGGAGGCAUGUGGCUUGCAUGAGACUUGCUACAACAGCAUUAUGAAGUGUGAUGUAGACAUCCGUAAAGAUUUGUAUGCCAAUGUUGUGUUAUCUGGAGGAUCUACAAUGUAUCCAGGCAUAGCUGAUAGAAUGCAGAAAGAUAUUACUGGUCUUGCACCAAGCACCAUGAAGAUCAAGAUUAUUGCUCCCCCUGAGAGAAAAUAUUCGGUUUGGAUAGGUGGAUCCAUCCUGGCAUCUCUCUCUACCUUCCAACAAAUGUGGAUCAGUAAGCAGGAAUAUGAUGAGUCUGGUCCAGGCAUUGUUCAUCGUAAAUGCUUCUAAAGAUUCUGUCAAAAGUUCGUAAGUUAGUUAAGAUGUCCUUGUUGUUCAUUUUUUUCAAAAUCCUUGAUGUUCUUCCGAGGUAACUUUGGCCUUUUAAUAAACCACGGCUUUGGCUUUGGAUUUUGCUUCAGGCUCCGUCCUGUCGUCUGAAGCCCAGAGCCCGUAUGCACAGCAUGCACAAUAUUGUCGAAACAACCGCUGGGCCAGGCUAGCCUGAGCCGAAUCCAAAGCCGAGGUUUCAAAAACGGCCUUAGUUUGAGUGAUUUAAAUACUUAUCCUUUACGAUUGGAAAAUUUCAUCAACUCGAUAAUGAAAACUUAUAAAGCGCACAAAUCCGUCAAAGUGCUCAUUGCGCUUGAUACAAACAGUAACAUAUGAUUUACAAUAACUAAAAUUAAACAUAAGCCUAAGCCAAGAAGAAAUCUAGAACAUGUGGUAUAAAAAUACAAUACAAAUGCAAUAUCUAAGAAUACAUCGAAGUGUAAAAACAAAUCGAACCAUUUACUCAAAUACCUGAUUGAAAAGAUGUGUUUUAAGGUGUUUUUUUUAAUUGGCUUUAAGAAACAGAUGAGAAUCCCUUUAAAAAGUGCCUCAUGUAACUAUGAACAUAAAUGGUACAUGUAGUGAGAUGGAAACAAAUUUUAGCCUUCAAGAAAGACUCUGCUUGAGUCGUAAAUGUCAGACCAUUAACAAUUUUUUGGAGUAUUAAUUAUGGAUUGUUCAUUCCUAACAAGUUUAUUGUUAUAAUCUGAAGUAAAGGUUCAACCAUUCAAUUUCAAGAGUCAAAGCAGCAUUAUUUGGGUUUGCAAACAAAAUCAAUUUGGAUUAUUUUAGUUUUUCCAAUAAAACUACAAAAGGAAAAUUAUUCGGAACCAUAUCUUUGUGAUUGACAGGAUUUUUAAUUGAUAUGUUCAGUUUCUAAUGUUCAAAGAAUUAAAGGUGUUCAAAAGUAAAAAUUCUUUCAAUGAUUACUACAGGUAUUUCAUCAGUAAUAUUGAAACAACUCUUAAAACGUUUGUGUGAGGUUUUGCUUGAAUAAACCAUAAACAAUA